GCGUAUCCCGGCGCACUUGCCGAUGGGACUCGAGCAGCAACGAAUGCUAACUCGGUGGAGGGGUACGGAGGUAGUUUGACCGAGGGUAGAAAUAGGUGUGCCGCUGACGCUCCUCUUCAGUUGAGCGCGCUCGGCCGUUGGGCACUGAUCCUCCCUGCUAGGACUGUCGGCUACGCUCAAUUUUAUUUGUUGACACGUCGACGAGAUUUCGCUUCGUCGUCGUUGUUGUUGUUGAUGGUGUCGUCGUGAUUUGGAGAAUCGACGAAAGGAUCGGGAGAAACAGUACGAGCCAGCCUGGACGAUGAAUCUGUUAGGAUUGUCGAUACUGCUGUCGGGCAUUUACGCCGUGUCUGCCUCGGCGUUCGCUUGCCCGGCGAACCUGCCGUGCCACUGCAUGGACUCGGACGACGGCGAGGACAAGCACCUGGUGCACUGCGUGACGAGCGACCGCGACGGUUCGGCCAUCGACCUGACCGUACAGAGCGGCAGCUCGCUGCGCGUGCAGUGCGUCAACUCGCCGCACUGGUCGGACUUCCUCGCGGGCGUGAGCCUGCGCGUGGGCAACGCGAGUAGUUUCAGCUACGCCGGCUGCCGGCUGCCGGGCGCCAGGCACAGCCAGGAGCUCGUCGCGCGGCUCGGCGUGACCGGCGUCGAGUCCCUGAAGAUCGAAAAGCUGCGCGGCAACGUGAGCAGGGCCGACCUCGAGGUUUUCCCGCAAGCGCGCAGACUCGUGCUGACCGGUAACGAGCUCGGAGAGGUGCCGGUGGACCUGCUGCACGGUCUGCCGAACCUGAUACAGCUGGAGCUGCGCGGCACGCGGCUCAAGCUGCCGGCGACGGGCUUCUUCGAGCGGGCGCGCGCCCUCGUCUCGCUGGAGCUCAGCCAGAACGACCUGCACGAGCUGCGGCCGGGCGCGUUCGCCGGCCUCGACAGCCUCGAGCUGCUGAACGCGUGGAGCAGCAACAUCAGCGCCCUGCAGCGGGACUCGUUCCGCGGGCUCUCCUCGCUCCUCUCCCUCGACGUUAAGAUGAACCGGCUGCGCGCUCUGCCCGCCGACGUCUUCCACGAGCUGCCCAACCUCAAGGUCAUCAACUUCGGCAUGAACAACUUCAGCGAGCUGCCCGCCGAGCUGUUCUCCCGCAAUCGCAACCUGACGGUGGUCAAGCUCAUGUACAACCGCGUGAACAUCAGCCGGCUGCCCGACCGGCUGCUCGCCGAUCAGCGCCAGCUGCGGACAGUGUCGCUCGAGCGCAUGGGCUUGCUGAGCGUGCCGGAGAAUCUGAUCUGGGGAUCAGACGCCAUUGUCGAGCUGAACAUGAAUCGCAAUUACCUCGCCACUCUGCCGGCCAAUCUGCUCAAGGACGCGCGUCAGCUGCACAGGCUCAGCUUCAGCUUCAAUGACCUGCAGUUCAUUCCCGACCGCGCCUUCUCGCAGCUCAACAGGCUGCACUUCCUCGAUCUCUCCAGGAACCAUCUGAGAUCCAUCAACGAGCGCUUGUUCCAUGGCUUGGAUGCCUUACGAGAGCUCAACAUAGAACAGAACGACCUGCAGCACAUCGCGGUCGACGCCUUCGUUUCUCUCGCCGCGUUGCGAGUCGCCAAAUUCUCUCGCAAUCGGCUCACUUUGCGCACCGACACGUUCGACAUGUUCGGCCAGCUGUCGCCUUUUCACGGCUGCCAAUCUCUGGAGGAGCUCUGCCUGUCGCACAACAACAUCAGCGAGAUAUACGGCGACUGGACUGUAUCUCACGUGAAACUGCGAAAACUCGACUUGUCUUAUAACUCGCUGGAGUACCUGCAGACGGAGGAUCUGCAGUUCGUCUCGAGCAAGCUCCAGGUGGACCUGACGCACAACGCCAUAUCGACGAUCGACCUGACGCGCCUGGAGCACAUCGCCGCCGAGCAACACGACUCGCGCCAGGUGACCGUCAACCUCAACUCCAACCCGAUCUACUGCGACUGUCAGCUGUACUCGCUGCUGCGGUACACCAACGGCGAGCUGAAGCCCGCGGCGCUGGACUUUGUCACGCUCCAAGUGCAGCACCUCGCCUGCGACGGUCCGGAGCACAUGAGAGGCACCAGGCUGCUGUCGCUCAAGACGCCCGAGCUCAAGUGCAUUCUCGACCGGGACGGGCAAUCGACCGCGGCUUCCGGCGACCCUUGCUCGGCCAACGGCGCGUGCGACUGCUGGCUCAGGCCGGUCGACCGCACCCUGAUCCUGGACUGCGCCGCGAGAAACCUCACGGAGGCUCCCGCCCUCAUCGUCCUCGGCAACGCGGAUUACGUGGAGAUCGAUCUCAGCGCCAAUGCCCUGACGCUCGCGCCGAGCCUGCUGGGCAACGGCUACGACAAGGUUCGCUCGCUGAACCUCGCUGGGAAUCUCAUCGGUCGCCUCGACGAAGACCUGAUUUCGCCGAAUCUGAAGGUGCUCCGGCUGGACGGCAACAGGCUGAGCCACAUCGACGACCAGCUACUCGACAGAAUCGCGCGCGGCUCGAACAUCAGCCUGCUGACGCUGCACGACAACCCGUGGGGCUGCGACUGCGAGGCUCUGGCCCUUCUGAACUUCGCGCAGAACAACUACCGGCUGCUGCCCGAGCGCCACAACGUCAGCUGCUCGGCGACCAACCGCACCCUGUCGGACCUGCAGCCCGCCGAUCUCUGCCCCCGGCCCGUCCAACUGAUCGUGAGCACGAGCUUGGCCACCGCCCUCCUCGCCCUGCUGCUGGCCGUCGGCCUGGCUCUGCUCUUCUACUACCAGCAGCAGGUCAAGGUCUACCUCUACUCCAAGAAUCUGUGCUUGUGGCUCGUGACCGAGGAGGAGCUCGACAAGGACAAGAUCUGGGACGCCUUCGUCAGCUAUUCGCACGAGGACGAGCAGUUCGUGGUCGGGGAGCUGGUCGGCAAGCUCGAGAGCGGACCCAGGCCUUACAAGCUGUGCAUCCACGGCCGAGACUGGCUUGCCGGCGACUGGAUCCCCAGCAACAUCCAGCGCAGCGUCGAGGGAUCGAGGCGGACGAUAAUCGUGCUCUCGCGGCACUUCGUCGACAGCGAGUGGGGCAAACUGGAGUUCCAGGCCGCUCACAAAAGGGCGCUCAGGGACAAGUGCGCGCGACUGAUCGUCGUGCUUUACGGCGACGUCGACCCCGCGCGGAUACAAGACCAGGAGCUGCGCCAUUAUUUGCAAAUGAACACCUACAUCAAGUGGGGCGACCCUUGGUUCUACGAGAAGAUACGCUACGCCCUGCCGCACAAACACGCCUCCGCCAAACACUAGAAGCCGAUCGAAUUGCACGACGUGCGCGUGGCCAAAAGUGGCCACGAGAUACCGCGCAAGUCAAGCGUUAUUCAUGCGCGUCCGUUUACUUAUACUCAUAAGUAUUUCCGUAAAUAAGCGGCCUUCCAAGUUUUUUCAUGACGAGAUCAUACUUUUCCUAUAAGUAUUUUUUAAUUAAAUAAGCCAUUUUUUACUGACUAAUAAAUCUUAUUUUUA